AUGGCGCAAAAACCGGUUAAAGAGAUUGGCAGUAUCGUCAGGAGGGAUGCUACCAUACCUCAUUUAUCAUUUAUCCCAAUCGUCGGUCGACCCUUGAACCUGGACGGCGUCCUAUGGCAUCCAAUCCACACUUCGUCCACCCAACUCACCAGCUCAUACCACGACUCUCCACGUACCCGUGUAGCUCCUCAUUCGCUCGAACUCCUGCAGUGUCUCCCGCUCUUUUUCAUCUUGCAGCUCAAUAGGCAACACAUCUCGAUUGCCAAAGUGUCCAGCGUCCAGCGUCCACGGCCCCGGGCCUCUCUCGGUGUCCGCCUCUGCUUCUGGAAACGGGUGACCCUUCUCAGUCUCAGUGUUCCUGCCUCUACCUGCCGAGACCACUUGUUAGAGCCUCCCCGUCCUGAGUCUGGAACUAGGCGUCCUGGAUUCCCACUGGUUGGAGCUCUGGCCGCCCAGCAUCCUGGCUAG